AAUAUAAACAUGAUGACAGAUGGAUGAGGUGGUCAUAGUAGUGGCGAAGAUAGUGAACUCCAUAGUAGUGGCGGUGGUGGCGAGGGUGCUUGCAAUAUGGUGGUGGUGGCGGCAGUGAUGAUGGAUGAUGCAGCACAAGGUGUAAGCCAACAAGUACAAUGACUAGCUGGACCACGUCAAGCUUUGCAGGAGCUAGCAGAUUAAUGGGCGAAGACUUCAACGACAAUAUUUUAUUUUAUUUCUCCUAUGAGCACGCAUGUGAGCAAGCAAGAUUCAGAGGAAUACCUGGGGAUGGAAGAUGCUUGUUCAGAUCUGUGGCUCAUGGUGCCUGCCUGAGAACAGGAAAACCAUCUCCAAGUGAAAACCUUCAGAAAGAAUUAGCAGAUGAACUGAGACUAAAAGUUGCGAAUGAAUUUAUCACAAGACGAUCGGACACCGAGUGGUUUCUUGAAGGUGAUUUUGAUACAUAUGUUACGCAGAUCAGAAAACCUCAUAUGUGGGGAGGAGAGCCUGAGCUGCUCAUGUGUUCGCAUGUUCUUCGGAUGCCAAUUACUGUUUACAUGCAUACUAGAGGUUCUGAUGACCUUCAAAUUAUAUCAGAGUAUGGUCAGGAGUAUGGCAAGGAAGAUCCAAUUCGUGUGCUCUAUCAUGGCUAUGGGCAUUAUGAUGCUUUGCAGAUACCUCUUGGAAGAACAAAGUUGAAAUCGUAUGUGAAAAGAUAAACAGCUAUGCACACUGCAGGACUCAGUGGGUUUGCAGCUUAUGGUAAUUGUAAAGUCAGCGACAAGUUGCAGAAAUCUGAAUAAGAAAUUUCACUUAAAAACUUAAAUUCGGCUGUUUGUUCUAAACUA